UUUAUUGGAUAUUGGCAGUUUCCAAAUGACUUCAUUGUUGGUUUCCAAUGCACGUAUACAAGAGGUAGACCAAACUCCUCAAAAGAAAAACAAAGAAACAGUUGUUCCAGAAUAUCCACAUAGAACUGAAAACCGUUUUAUUCCAAGGUCUGAAGAAGACUUUGAAGAUGGGGGUGCUUAUCCUGAAGUUCAUGUGUUUCAGUACCCAGCAAACAUGGGACUUAAACACAAGUACAAAUCAAGUGUUUCUCAUAGAACCUUGGUCCCUACUGUAGACGCUAAAGGAGAAGUUGAUUAUGAUGCUGUAGUAAAGCAAGGAGAGAACAAAACCAAAAUAGUUCAUACCGGCUAUGAAAGCUUAAGAGAGAAGCCAAGAGUUGAGACUCAAGUCCAGAAACCUGACGAAGAACAAAUACUUGAAACUACGCAAAGAACACAACAGGCACUUGAGAAGAUUGUUCAAGCCAAAAUUAACGCGUCCAAGCCCAAAAGCUUUGAAGGAGAACGUGACGUUGGAAAACCUACAUUUAUUAGAUAUACUCCUGCCAAUUCGGACGACGGUCAUAAUAGUGGCGCCAAACAACGAAUCAUCAAACUAGUGGAAGCUCCUGUGGAUCCUCUGGAACCUCCCAGAUUUCAACAUAAGAAGACUCCAGCUGCACCACCAAGUCCCCCAGUACCCAUCCUUCAUUCUCCUCCUAGAAAGCUGGAUCCUGAAGAAGCUGCCAACUGGAAGAUACCACCUUGUAUUUCAAACUGGAAGAACAAUAAGGGAUAUACUAUACCUCUUGAUAAGAGAGUUGCGGCAGAUGGAAGAGGUCUCCAGGAUGUUCGUAUUAACGAUAAGUUUGCCAAAUUUACAGAGUCUCUGUAUAUUGCCGAAAGAAAUGCUAGAGAGGAAGUUGAAAAGCGUGCUCAGUUACAGAAGAAACUUGCAGAAAAGGAGAAGGAGAAAAGAGAAAUGGAGUUGAGAGAGUUGGCCACUCGGGCUCGAAAUGAACGAGUCGGCAUGUAUACGGAGGAAGGAAGAAGGAAUAGCACUUCUUCCAUAAGGGAAUCUUCAGCUACUCAAGAGUUGGAAAGGGACAUUUCAGACUCCUCUUUGACCGAUGAAGUUGGUGGUCAUGAAGAGUUACUUGACGAAAAGGAAUACACUAAAAUGACCAAAGAAGAACAAAGAGAAUACAGAAAACGCCAGCAGAUUCGAGAAGAACGUCGAAGAGAACGUCAAAGGCAGUUGAGACUUUGGGAGAAGGAAGAGGAACUUGGACGAAGUGGCAAAAGGAGCAAAUUGGCUAGAGAUCAAGACCGCGAUAUUUCAGAAAAGAUCGCGCUUAAUCAGCCUAUUGUAAAUAACGUUCGUGGGGAAGUACAAUAUGACCAACGACUUUUCAACCAAUCGUCAGGUCUAGAUAGAGGCUUUGGUGCUGAAGAUUCAUAUAAUGUAUAUGAUAAGCCGUUAUUUUCUGGUGGAAGUGGUGCUUCUCUUAUUCGUCCAAGCAGGACUGCAGUGGAUUCUUCUUAUACCGAUCAAUUAGGGAGUGAUGCAUCUUCCAAACGUCAGUUUCAUCCAGAUAUUGGUUUUCAUUCUACCGAGUCUCAAGAUGCUGUCUCAGGGAAGGAACGAACGAAACCUGUAGAAUUCGAACAUGAUGAACUUACUAGUAUUCGACCUAGUGGGAAAGUAUCUUCUCAAGAAGCGGAUCCUUUAGGUCUGGAAGCAUUUUUAACUGAAGCAAAGCGUGUUGGUUCUAGAAAGGAUGCAAAUGCCUCAUCUGUUUCGAGACCGAAUAUAAUGUCAUAUGUAGGAAGUAGUGAUCCUAGUGGUUUACAGGAAGAGUAUAAAUAUAGAGGAGGAAGUCAUCGUUCCAAGAUACAUUUUCAAUCUGCUAAAAAUGAGUAAAGUUGAAUUGUUUUGGUAGAAAACUUAUUUAUUCUAAA